UGUGCAAUUUAUUUAUUUUUUUUCUUUGUUUUGCCGUUGACUAACAUGUAUGUUUGCCAUUCUUACAGAGUGUGUUUAAUAUUCCUGAUGAUCCAGAAAAGAGAAGAUCGUUUGAAGGUUUCGUACAAGAGAGGUUCAAAAACUUCAGAAGUUCGUUGAGAACAAGAUGGAUCCAUAAGAAGCAAAGGCAUAAACCAAAGAAAACUGUGAAGGGUAAUGCAGGAGAGGAGGAACCUGAGAAGAAACCGUGGGAUGUAUAUCCGCAAAUAACGGUGAAGGACUGGGAGAAGUUUGUGGCAAAAUCAACUACUACUACUGCACUUGAAAAAAGUCAACAAGCUACGAGCAAUGCUGAGAAGAAAAUGUAUAACCAUCAUAUGGGUUGUAAGACAUUUGCGGAAAGUAGACCAAAGUGGAUCAAAGAGGGUCUAUACCCCGCAUCCAAAAUACCGUCAUCUGAUAAACCGCUUCCUUCCACGGUCACCAGUUUAGUAAGUCGUGCAAAUGAUUGGUGGUGUGCUAUGCAUGGGAUCGACAAGAACACUGGGAAGUACGUCAUGCACCCGGAUACAAGGCCAGUAGCAGAUGCACUACUCGAGCAUACGUCGGAAGUGGUUGAAGGCAAGCUCACUCCAAGUGUAGAGAACGAUCCUUUUACCUUGGCUUUGGGAAAACCAUUCCACCCUGGGCGAGUCAUUGGUGCAGGAGGGAAACAACUAGGGUGGGAAAAGGUUAUGGGUUUAGAAUACACUAGAUCAGGAAGAACUAGAUCUAGUGUUAAUUCGCCCCACCAUAUAAAUGCCAAGGAAAUGGAGUCAAUUAAGGUGGAGAUACGCAAAGAGGUGCAAGAACAAUUGCAAAGUCAAUUUAAUGCCAUUUUGAAGCACAUGAACUUGCCAACCAUUUCUUUGCCCUCGAUAACCCCAGUGGACUCAUGUAGUCACCCAAAAGAUGCCGGGGACAAUCCACAUGAGAUCGAGAUUCCUACUCAGCAUGCAGAAUCAAGGGGGAUUGUAAGCCAGACACCUGAUCCUUUUCCAGAUGUUCAGGAAGAGACGCCUUGUGAGCUUCUUCACCCCGAUAAAAACGUGGAUGGAGAGUUGGUGGGGUAUGGUAGCGCACAACCGUUUGACAAUUGCCAUUUUAAGUCUAAUACUAGUACCCACUAUAUCUUGGUCGGGAUCAAUUCCAUAGUACUAGGGUUUGAGGACUUGCCACUACCGGUGCCUAGAGAGGAAUAUGACUUCAUCACGCUGCUUGAUGCGAAAGGUAGCUUUGUGCAAUGGCCACGUGAUCGGGUGAGGUUGAUAGGAGGGUCAUCUAAUAGGAACAAGGUGGAGAAGCCAAAAUCUAAGAACGUCCAACCUACAAAGAACAUGGAACAAGGACAAGGGUUGAAGAAGAGUUCGAGAAGUUCUGCCACGAGUUGUACUCCACUAGUAGAAGCCGACAUCCUGAAUUCGCUAUCUAGAGCUUGUACUUUUCUUCACAACCGAGUGAGUGAGUUGCCUAGGGGUAGAUCUAUUGAAGUGAUUUUACCUAAGGCAUUGUUCCACUAUGAUGAGGAUGGGAUCGCACCAAUUGCAAAAGAGGAUGUGAAGGAAUUUCUAUCCGGUGCCAUGCUUAACAUUUCCAUCAUUCAAGCUUUCAUGAGGGCACUACAAGAGCACCUUAGAACCAGUGGCGAUUCUAUGGCUGCAGUUGGCUGGCUUUGCCCCGAGCAGACCUUGCUUACCAGAUGCUUAUGCAGCCCUCGUGAUGUUGAAGAUUACCUAGAACGGAGUAUCAAGGAAUCAACGCUUGCGGGAGAUAAGUUCAUAUUAGUCCCAUGUUUUGAGGAUUCUCAUUGGACCCUUUUGGUGAUUUGUGUUUCCAAAUACACAAUCUACCACUUUGAUUCACUUCGUCAGAAUCCACCACGUAGGUUGUUAGUGAAUAAUAUAUUGAAUAGUGUUAUGAAUAAGCUACAUCGUCGUUCUGUUGCGGGUCCUACGUGGGAAUAUGCAAAGGUAAUCCCUUGAGUUAGUGAUUUGCUUAAUAUACUUGGCUUCGGUUAUCGCUAUGCAUGAUUUGAUAUCCUUUGUGGCAUGUCAGUGUGCGCAACAAGACAACAGACUUAACUGUGCCUUAUACGUUAUGAAGUUUAUGCUUGACAUAGUCAAUAGUUGCAAGGAAGCACAACAACUA